GAACUGGAGAAUAUUCUUCUAGAAUAUUACUAGAUUUAGAUGUGACAACAGUUGGAGAAGAUAAGUGGAGUUCAAGGAUGAAUUGCAUUAAGUCAUGCUUAAACCUGAAUCUGUAGAGAAAGACACAGAUUCUGCUUUCUAGGAAUUCUGGCUGGGUUCUCCGUUACUGGCCACCAAAGCCUCUAACCCAGUUGACUGGCAGGUUGGCACCUGGGGAUUUCUGUUUUCGCUUCAUAUCAAUGAAAUCAACCAAUACAGGCUGAGUCACUAAAAUAAGAUAAAACUGAACAUGGUAUUAAUUUUCCACUUGGAUCAAAACUUGACGGUUCCUUUGAAUACCAAACAACUACAGGAUGACUCAUUUUAACAAUUACAGUGUGAAUAGUUCACUAGAGUUUAAUAUGAGGAUAAAGGUUAAGGACUUUCUGGUUUCCCUUGGUUAGGGGGCUGUUUCUCUUCACUUGUACCCAGAACUCUUUUGUCUAUUUCACUAAGGUUUAUAUUCUGUUUCUUAAUGGCCUCUCUUACACAAUCUCUGUAGAGGACAAAUAGAUUUGAUUCCCCCUUUAAGAAUUUAUCAGAGAACCAAAGAUUAAAGCAAGAAUCAUACUUCUGCUUUAGAUUGUUGCACUUGUGAUCCAAACUGUUCAUUUUCUAUUUUAGGAACACUAAGACAGGAAGGUUUAGAACAUAAUCUCUGAAAUCUCUUUUAGAUGUGAAUCAUGCAUACCAAUGCUUUGUCAUUUUAAACAUAUUAAUGUGAUUUAAAAAUGCACUUAAAAAGUUGAUUAAGCUGGAGGUGAAUAACUCUUUAGAUCUUAGCCAGCUUAUCUUGUACACAACUAAAGAUAUCAUGGUCAGUUUACAUAAAUUGUUCCUUUCUUUGAAAAAAAAAUUCACUUUGAUCUCAAGAAACUAAUUUAUACCUAUUGUUAUUCCAACAGAGACUGGUGAAUAGUAGGUACAUCUAACAUCAUCUCGGAGAAUAGGUAAGGUGAUCUUACACUCAGGAUUGAUAAGGGGGAUAUCUAAAUGAGAUUAAAUUAGUUUAUUUAAUAAUCUCUUGAACGAUUAGUUUCUAUUUUGAUCUUCACCUUUUGUAAUUCAGCUUUAUCUUCAAGCUGUGAAGUUAAGAAAAAGCAAAGAUCUGCUUCACCAGAGAACAGUCAGCCACAUUGGAGAGAUUGCAGCUAUGGUCGAAAAUUAGCAGCUACAAUGGAGAAUAAGCAGCUUAGACAGUGUAAGCAGCAAAUGGUGGAGAGUCAGAAGGGUCAGGUGGCUCGACCUCAUAGACCUGAAGAUUUGCUAAGGGAGCUGGUUCCGGUUAUUAAAGAUAAGUGGAGUGUUUGUCUCAGGGAGGGUGGAACCAGUCUGCUUGGAUCUGGUUCUAGUGACCCGACCCGACAGGAGUUCGCUCAAGGGAAGUUUGAGUCUGGUAUAGAGGAUUUCCAUUCUGUGUUGGACCAGACUCUGGUGAACCUAAAGUGUGCUACAGAGACCAGUCAGCAGGCUUCAGCUAGUGCCAGAUAUAUUCCUGGUAAUCUAUCCCAUCACCAUUAUAUAUCCACUAAUUUUAUAGAUACAUUCCUGGUAAUUUAUUCCAUCACCAGAAUAUAUCCACUAAUAUUUAUAGAUACAUUCCUGGUAAUCUAUCCCAUCACCAGAAUAUAUCCACUAAUAUUAUAGAUACAUUCCUGGUAAUCUAUCCCAUCACCAGAAUAUAUCCACUAAUAUUAUAGAUAUAUUCCUGGUAAUCUAUCCCAUCACCAUAAUAUAUCCACUAAUAUUAUAGAAACAUUCCUUGUAAUCUAUCCCAUCACCAGAAUAUAUCCACUAAUAUUAUAUAUACAUUCC